AUGCAGUUCAAAAAUUUGAGUGGCGACAGAACUUCCAUCCUGGAAUCAUGGCCCAGUUCAUCCCAUAACCUAGCGGAGAAGGCUCCGGUGCUGGUGAAUGCUGCUGUGACUUACUGGAAGCCUCGAUUGGCCACAUUUUGGCACUAUGCCAGGGUUGAGCUGGUUCCUCUAACCCCUGCUGAGAUCCCUACAGCUAUUCAGAGCUUGAAAAAAAUAGUCAAGAGUGCUCAAACUGGUAGCUUCAAACAGCUCACAGUUAAGGAAGCUCUGCUGAAUGGUUUGGUGGCCACCGACGUGUGAAUGUGGUCUUAAGUCAGUGAGAUCAUGGGCAGGUGUGGCAUCAUUGGCUAUAAUGUUUGA